UAGGUUUACCGUUGCACGGUAAGAACUGUAAGAUUUACUUACGUGUGCUGCCUUUUGUAGCGUUCUGGAUUAGGUAACGUUUCCACUACAGACUUGAGCAUUUUGCCGUAGAUAGCGCUGACUCGAAGUUUAAGAAUUUCCUGGGCCUUGUUACCGGCAUGUCAACAACAUGUGCUUUUUAACUUUAAAUCGUGUGUGACUAUGAUCUUGCAAAAUGUUACAAGAUUAUUUGCUAAAGUAUCAUCGUGAUGAAUUGGAAGAAAUUUUAGAUGCUGUGGAUGUUAACAUUUUUUAUUCCAUCCAUGUAAACUUUGUAUCAUUGUUUGAAGCUGAUGCUGAUGUGGCACAAAAAAUUCUACAAUUUCCUAGGCAUUAUUUGCCAAUGUGCGAUAUAGCUGCAAUGAAAAUACAGGAACAAAUAGCAAAACCUGAGCAAAUUGUGAAAAAAAAAAGUAAUAGCAAAGUUCGUAUCAGAGUUACUGCUGUACCAGUUACUGUAGAUCAGGGGGAAAUAGGGCAACUGGUUUCAACAAGUGGCAUUGCAGUGAGAAUAUCUCAACCAACAGUGUUGAAGCUAGUUCAAAGAUACAGUUGUAAGAAGUGCAAACAUGUCACUUUAGUUAAGUAUGAGUGGGAAACACAAAAUUUUACAGAUAUCUCAGAAUGUGAGUCAUGUGAGGCAACAAAAUUAAUACCACUCACAACUUUUGAUUUAGAGGAUUCUUCGGACUGUCAGGAAAUAAGAAUUCAAGAAAAGGGCAGAAUCGAUACUAAUAGAAAUUUUGCAGAGGAAAUGCAGAUUAUCUUGUUGGAUGAUUUAGUUGAUAAAUGUAGACCAGGAGAUAAUAUUGAAAUCAGUGGUGUAGUUGUACGGGUAUGGGGACAGUUAGAAGUAGGAGAGCGUUUGGAGGCAACGACAAUAAUGAUUGCAAACAGCGUGUCGGUACGACGUAAGAUAUCUGAAACAGCUUCCACUCAAGAGAUGAGAGAUGUAUUCAAACAUUAUUGGGAAAAAUAUAUCGACAAUCCUCUGCUUGGUAGAGAUAACAUUCUAGCAUCAAUUUGCCCCCAGCUUUACGGGAUGUAUACUGCAAAAUUAGCAUUAGCCGUCGUUCUAGCUGGUGGUGUACCUAAGUGUAAUGAAAGUGGAACACGUGUACGAGGUGAGCCCCAUCUUCUGUUAAUCGGCGAUCCCGGAACUGGCAAAUCGCAAUUGCUUCGUGCAGCGUCCCGUCUGGCUAACAGAUCGGUUUUUACGACCGGCAUCGGAUCAACAGCAGCUGGACUUACAGCGACUGCUGUUAGAGACUCUGACGGUUGGCAUUUAGAAGCUGGAGCCUUGGUGUUAGCUGACGGCGGAGUCUGUUGCGUAGAUGAAUUUACGACAAUGAGUUCACACGACAGAACUUCCGUGCACGAGGCAAUGGAACAGCAAACUAUAUCAAUUGCGAAAGCUGGGUUAGUAAGUACGCUAAAUUCUAGAUGCUCGGUCAUUGCAGCCAUCAAUCCAAGCGGCGGCCAAUUCGACGACGACGAAGAAUGGGAAACGAAUUUAGGGGAUCCCCUUUUGUCGCGGUUCGAUUUAAUACUCCUUUUAAAGGACAAUAGAAACCCAAAAUGGGACAGACUGACGUCAGAUCACAUUUUGAGAGCCGCUUACGAGACCAGAGAAAACAUGGCGCCAAUUGGUUCGAAGAAUCACAUAGAGCUCUUAAAAUCGGAGGGUUUGUGGAAGGAAGAUAGUUUGCGAGAGUAUUUAGCUUAUAUACAUUCUUUGCAACCAGUAUUGACGAAAGAAGCGGAAGCAGUUCUUAGAGCGACUUAUCUUUACCACAGAUCUCAUCCAGAUAGAAGGGAAGAAAGAACAACAGUACGGCUUUUAGAUAGUCUUAUUAGGUUAGCUGAAGGUCACGCUAAACUGAUGUAUAAAUCAAAAAUUGAACUCAUGGAUGCCAUAUACGUAGUUAAAUUAAUCGGAACAGGAAAGACUUUCGAGAUCGAUCUCGGCUCUUCGUUUCCAACAGAUCCUAUGGCAACAUACAGAUCUGAAGGUAAAAAGUUACUGGAGAUUAUUGGCCUACAGCAUCUAGAACAUUUGUUGUAAAUAUUUCGAUAAAUGGAAAAUUUGUAAUUGGUUAUUCUGAUGAAAUAUAUUUUUCUUAUGAGUAAACUAAAUAUUUUAU